UCCCUACUUCCGCUUCACGUGUACGACAUCAUAAGCGAAAUUUCUCUGUUAUAGGCCUACCGUUUGAUUCAAACAUAUUUUGAGAUCAGAAAUAUACAUGAGUAAAGUUCGAUUGGAGGUCCUGCGGAAACAUUUAACUGACAGAUGUAGAGAGGUAAAACCAGAUAUAACAAUGUCUGGUAACCCCUUGACCACUCAUGUGCUGGACACUGCCCGAGGAAGCCCUGCAGCCAAUCUUGAACUGACUGUGUCCAUCAAAGGUCAGAAUGGACAGUGGACUGACCUCAUCACUAGUUCAACAAACAGCGAUGGCAGAGUCCCUAGACUUCUUACACAAGAUCAGUUUGUUCCAGGAACAUACAAGAUUAAUUUUAAUACUGGUGGAUAUUUCCAGCAGCUUGGGGUAGAGGGAUUCUAUCCAUAUGUUGAGGUUGUCUUUGAGAUCAGAGACCCCCAGCAGCACUAUCAUGUGCCCCUUCUCCUCAGUCCCUAUGGCUACUCCACCUAUAGAGGCAGCUAAAAGUUGGACAAGAGGACACGAUGUAGUAAUGAAAAUAUAGCUUCUGCUUGUAAGAGUCAGUUUAAAAUGAUACCUUGGAUACAUCUGCUUUAGUCUCUAAUCAAGUGACUUGUUGUUCCUAAAUUUGCUUUAUAUCUCAAUAAUCCGUGUGCUGUCAUACCUGUUGAAGUGCUCAAAAGUGAAAGCAAGGACAUCAACCAGGGAAAAAGUUAGAAAAUAUUGCAUGGGGUUCCGUGGACCGCCUAGGCCAAUGAUUUUUUGGGCCCCCAAAAAAUCAGAAGUCAGCAGAUAGUGAGAAAAAUCUCCUCCCUGAUCAACUCAUGGCCUAGGCAUCCUUCAACAUACAAUGAAACUGAAGUUUAGAUAGAGAGAAACCCAGAUCCAUACCCCUCUCCAGUACUGCUUUUAAAUUGUAUUUACAGUAUGUAACAAGUUAUGUAACAAGACACUGAGGAAGGUUUUAUAUUAUCACAAAUAUGUAUUUUAUCCUUUUUUUAAAACUGAUUCUAAGAAGCUAUUUUUUCACUUCAUACAUUAUCAGUUAGGGGUCCACGGACAUUUAAAGAGAAUACAGUACACUGUCAAAUGUUCCUUGUCAUUUAAUAUUAUAAUGAUAUCAUGUACUAGCAACAACAUUUAAAGGUUCCUUCACUUUGAUUAAUAUUUUGAAAAAAAUCUGCCCACUGUCAAA